AUGCAGGAGGACGAAGGAAACCCCCGCCUAGUCGCUUACGACGGCCACAAAGCCCAUGAUGCGGAGCUGAUCUACCCCGUACACGAGAAGAGCUUCUGGCCACCACAAAUUGGCCACCAAAUUAGCAUGACCGUUGACGAGAGACAGGGUCAGUCUCCUCCCUUCGCAGGUUCAUCGGGUGCUUGGAUUGCUCUGCUGUAG